UACAGCACUCCACGCGCAGCAUACAUUUACAUGAACAAAUCCUCUAUUUUUCCAGUUAAUAUUUUCCCUGCAUGAUUUUCCCCGGACCCAUCAUCCUCUCUGUCUCGAUUACUGCGAAGAAGACGACGAUCGCGCAGCAAAUCGCUACAUCGAAUUCCCUGCACAGUACUCGCCCUUUCCGGGUCCAAAUGCUCUCGAGACACCCAGUCCCUCUUAUCCUCCACGGCCCUAGGGUUAGGGUUACGGCUCCGCUCACCCUACCGUAGAAUUUCAGCUCAAUAUUCCAUGGCGCCACCAUCCUCGACGCAAUCGCCUCCAUCAUCGGCUUUCUUCGCCAUCUGCUUGCUUCAUUCGGCGGUAGCGACGACGUGCGGAGCACUGAUGAUGUUCUACCUGAACGAAAUCUCUGUGUUUGGUCACGGGCCGGAGACUGCAAGGAAACUGCAGGGCUCGACGCCUCACGAUCAGCUCCUGAUCCAGAUCUCGGACUCCUUCGCGGGAUUGCUAUUGUUUGCCAUAGGAUUCCUCCUCUUCAUGGUUUCCUUCGUCAAGGACCGCGACUUUCAGACUUUCUUCGCUAAAGGCUGCAUCCUUCUCCAUGUUUUCAUGGCCCUUUGGCGCAUCAGCUUUGAGAGGCACCUGGAGGAUCUCGCCCGCGACUGGCCUCGCCAGCUAGUUGGCGACGUUGUUCUCAGUCUAUCCUGGUUGUUUUUCCUCGUUUAUUCAUGGAGAGAGAAGUACGACUGACUGAACGGAUUAAUCGACUGUUCAUCGUCGUCUAGACCGGAGCUUAAGACUGGCUAUGGGGUCAACUCUCUGUUACAUACUUACAAAUCCGUCAGGAAGACGACGAUGAUGAGAAAGGCAACUGAGAUGCGGUGAGAAAUAUUUUUCGCUUCUGGAUUCCGAAUCUUUUAUUUGAUCUGUUUACUAAAAAUCUGUACUUGAUCUAUUCUGAGUGAUCACUGAUGUACAAGGAAGUCAAUUUACAUAAAACUUGUAUUAUUUGAUCAAGGUUGAAGAUGAAUUUC